AUGUCACCUUCUUCAGUCUUGCUCGCCUAUUACUCGUUGAAGCACGUCAGCACUGAAGCUUUUGUGCUACGCGAAUCUGGCGUGUCCUGCCUCUAUGGCCUCAAGCUGAGGGUGACGAGCGUUGCGCUUUCCCCGGAUGGACAGAGGCUGGCUUACAGUUCCAACGAGAAGGAGAUCCCCCUUUGGCAGGUGGAGAGCAGCGGCGCGGAUACCAUGGUGGACACGUUGCCGAUUGACGUGCCCUCCCCGACGAGGCGUCUCUCCAUUUCACCGGACAGUCAAUAUAUAGCCCGUGCUAGUGACCAGGGAGUCGACAUUUGGAGCGUGGCUGAUAAAAUGGUUAUACGCCGGCUGGGGAAUGACGCGGGAGACGUAACGUCGGUGUGUUUCUCGGCGGACGGUCGAUUGCUUGCACGAGCUGAAAUCCGCGCGCUGGCUUGCUCACGCGACGGUCGGUAUAUACUCAGUAGUUCUGAGACCACCAACGAGAUAACUCUCUGGGACGUUGCUACGAAGGAAAAGCUACAGAUUAUCGAGGCCCCCGGUCCGACCCAACUGCUUCGGUUGUCCGAGGAUCAAAGAUAUGUGUUGACCGAGCGAGGGGCCUUCCCGAUCUCGGGUGCUUCAGCUCCAGGCCAGGACGGUUCUUCGGCGCCAGCCACAGUCGAGUGUCCCGCCUUCCUGGCCGUGCGUGAUAAUUGGAUAGUAACCGGUGCACGGAGACGUCUAUGGCUGCCGCCGGAGUAUCGGGGGGUCUGGGCUUUGCAUGGAAGGGUAUUUGACAUUGGGAGCAAGUUGGGUCGGGUACUUAAGUUUGUGCUCCGGGAAUGA